GGAUCUCUAUCUGGAGAUCACUCCUCUCGAAGCCCUUCUACAAGCCCAGGACACGGGAUACGGCAACAUUGGCAGAGCAAUCUGUGUGACCUUUCCCCAGCCAUCUCAGCACAAAGUUUAAUGCACUUGGAACCAUUUUCAGUACUAACUGACAGCCAGUCACUAGCCAAGUCACGUGGCAGAAAUGCAGGGAAGGUAAUAGUCUGUGUGCUCAAAGGCCAAGGCUAUCUGUGCCACAAUCUUCCAUCCUUCUUCAGAAUCAGGACUGCUUUACUCCACCUUAAGCAUUAACAGUGUUAAUUCCUCACAUGAAAAAUGAGUAACAGUUGUUAUUCAUAUUUUUCAUAAACAACAGAACUGCAACUUACCCCAAAACGUAGCACAAAUGGAAAGUAAAUGAAAAAGAGAUGGUAUUUUCUGUCCCUUCAUGUCUUCUUCGGUUCAUAAUGGAUUCAUUUCAAACUGACAACAAGAAAGGAGGGGGGAAAAAAGCAAAACUGUUUCAAUGCAGCUAAAACUCUUCAGCUGUAUUGUUUUCUUUGUACAGUUUAUCAACUACCAUAUCUGUCUGCAAUAGGUUUUGACAUGUUUCUUAGCAUUAGCGUUACUAAGUAUGCUAUAAAUUUUAUAAACAUCUAGGUCCUCUUACUACCAUGCAAUCUAUUUUCAGUCUGUUUUUAAGGUGUUAACACUUGGUACUGAUCUUCAAAAUCAAUGAACAGGACACAGAGGAAAAAAUGGUCAAGUGUCUUCUCCAAAAGGAUGCAAGACAUCCCUUAUCAAACCAGUUUUUCCAUUUCCUGAAACAGACUCCUGAUUACUGCAGUAUUUGUUCUUCUAAAGUGGGGAGUUUGCCUGAACAUCCAAAUACUGCAGGUAUAAAGAAUCUUCAGCUGAUGCCCUUUUGAUCAAGUGAACUUCUACAAAUGUGCAUAUGGAAGUCUGGGGUAGGAACACAGAAGAGGAUGAGGCUCUCCCAUUAGCUUUUCAGGUUUGUCGGUCAAAUGACAAUGAACUGAGGAAACUCACCUGCAGAACAACACAAGAACAACUUUCCUGUAACUGACAGACCACGCUCUUCCUCCAUCCAGGUGCAUUACUUCAAAAUACAGCAAAACAUGGUAAAGAAAUUAGGUUAUGACUCAUAUAGCCUGUAAAGAGCCUAAAGGGCUUCCCCUACUCCUUUGUUCCUCCUGAAAGGAGACCUACAUGUACCCUUCCUAACUUAGGGCACAGGCUUGCCUGGGCUUGCAAGUCAGUUCUUCUAUCCUACACCAAUACUUUUUACCAGUUUUAACUGGUGUGUGCAAUUGUAUCUGCAGUGCACAUGAACCUUACAUCCCAAGGAUUUUUGCAUGUUGCUUCUUCUACAAAGCUAGAGCAAUUUUAUGUAUUAUCACUUUUUGUGGAGGGGACCAGAGGGGCACCAAAUUCUUAAACCUGAAGUAGAAGAUUAUGCUAGUGUAAAACAACCUCAAUGUAUUAAAUUUUUGUACCACUAGCUACAGUGAGUAGCAGCAGUUGCCAAUGCAAAGAGAAAGCAAGUUAGACACUGGAAAACCGCAUGCAUCACAUUUUCCUGAAUGAUGCUUUUAUUUGUUCAACACUUCCUCAGUUCCUUAAAACACAACUUAGUAACUCAAUACAUUGUCUUUGUUUGAAUUUCAGAAACUGAAAUCAGUGCUAAAUUUCUCUUAAGUGGCAGAGAGAACUCAUGAGUUUAGCAGAGAGUUCUGAAAGCAGCUCUGUGGCCUGCAUCAGGGUCUGAAGACAGGAUAAGGCACACUGCUAUGCCCACUCUAGCUGUAUUCCAUGAUGUUGUAUCAAAAUACAGCUGGAACUAAUUAGCUGAAGAUCUCCCUGCUCAGUACAGUUCUUACAGUGUGUUAAGAAAAAACUUCUGUUGGUCUGUAUGAUCAUGGUAAUUUUAGUUCUAAGGAAUUCAGGACUUUGACCAAUGUGGCAAAUGUUCAGAUAAUGACAUUUUUAGAUUCCAAGUUCUUCCUUUGCACCAAAAUAUUAAGGCCAUUUCACUUCCCAUGCUUCUGCAGAAAAACGUAUUUCCUACAGAACAACCACUGCCUCAACUCAAUGCCAGAACCUUGGCCAGGAUUUCUGAGAGCCAGAUGAAGUAUUAAAACUCCUCUUCCAAGUCACACCAUGAGUCACUGAGCAGCUGGGACAGUGGCAAGGGCAACGCCACACUUGCUUUGACCACUAUACGAAACAAAUGGCAAAAGGCACGCCCUUUAAUCUUGAUGGAAUUUUCCAUUGUAUUUGUUUCCAAUUUACUUGCACCCUGGCCAAAGGGUUCACCUAGCACCUGUAUCUCUUACCCACAUGCGGGGGCAGCCAUAGGUAUUGCAACAUUCCUUCGCCUUGUAAAGCAGAAGUUACUAGUUCUCAUUAAAAGGAUUUUUUCUUUGUUUUUUCAAUGUAACUUCAUAAGGGGGCAUUCCAAGCACGCGCAGCCUUAAGAAAGCUAGAAGUUCCUGAAUACCUGGCAUUUUACUAAAGAGGAAUCACACGCACAAAAAAUCUCUAUCAGCAGUAAUCACAGAACAGCGUGGAGCAACCAGGAACAUAAAAAUCACCUACCAUGCGUGUCCAACCUUUUGGUUUGCAGAAGCCAGUUCCUGUAGGGGAAAAAUAAGAUUAGAUUACUGCAACAAUAUAUUAAAAAGUAUUAAUGCUCUACUGUCCUCCAAUGCCUUAAAUGCCAGCUCUGUGCCAACACCACGCUAAGCAAAUGCAGACUCCAAACACAACUUCAGUCGGAGAGAAACACUCCUGAAGGAUGAAGGCACCUUCACACCACACGCAGCAUUUCCUUAGCAAGAAGACCUGAAACGCUCCAUUUUACCUCACAUAACCAACUGCCCCCCACACCCUUUCGCGACGCACAGUUGUCCUAAGCACUUGUAUUUUUUACCUCUUCUGAGUUCACGAACAGCCAGAGCUCCCAGGGCACAGGUCGCUCUUUUGGGUGGAGACGGUGAGUCUCGGAUGCAGGGCAUGUACAGCUUAAAUGAGUCACACAACUUUCUUCCAGGCGCUGCACCACCCCUUCCCCAGACGCUCCAGCAGCCACACCUAACACGUACUCUGCCUCGCUGUCCAGCUCGAGCCAACUGGUACCACCACCCCCUCGGUCUCCCUGUAAACCCUUGCUCAGCUGAUGAACAUGCGACCGCAGACCAGUUUUCCCCGUCUUUAUAGUUGCAAAGCAGCAGCAAUCCCCGCCCUCCUGGGGGGACGGGCCGAGCGCCUCCGGGCACUGCAUGCCAUUGACGGCACGGAGGAGGAGGAGGCAGUCGGUGAUUGGCAGAACCGGUUGCUUCGGCAACGGGCGGUGGCGUGGGGUUCCAAGAUGGCGGAGCGAGAUGACGAUGGUCCGGUGGCGGAGCGGGGCCCGGGUGCGGCCUACGCUGCCUUCGUGCUGAUGGAGGAGCUGCUGGACAAGCUGAAGCUGCUGAGCUACGAGGAGGAGGCGCUGCGGCGCCACAACGUGCGGCCGCUUUCGAGGCACUAUUUUGCACUGCCCACUAAUCCUGGUGAGCAGUUCUUCGUGUUCUGCACUCUCGCUGCUUGGCUGAUCACUAAAGCAGGACAUCACUUUGAACAGCCUCAAGAAUACGAUGACCCCAAUGCAAUAAUAUCAAAGAUACUCUCGGAACUGCGAUCAUUUGGAAGGCCUGUGGAUUUUCCUCCCUCAAAAUUAAAGGCUGGUUAUGGAGAGCAAGCCUGUUAUGUUCUUGAUUGUUUAGCUGAAGAAGCCUUGAAAUGCAGUGGCUUUAGCUGGAAAAGGCCAGUGUACCCAACAGAUGAGCUAGAAGAAGAAGAAAUAACAGAAGAUGAUACAGAAUUAACACUUAAUAAACUGGAAGAGGAUGUUGCAGAAGAAGAGUCAGAUAAUGAAGAAAACUUCAUUGAUCUGAAUGUUCUAAAGGCACAAACAUACAGAUCGGAUGUGAAAGACACCACAAAACAAGAAGAAAUCUUACAGUCCACGACAGAUGCAGCAGAGUGGAAUCUGGAAGUGGAACGUGUGCUUCCACAGCUGAAAGUUACAGUCAGGACUGACAAUAAGGAUUGGAGGAUCCAUGUAGAUCAAAUGCAUCAACAUAAGGAUGGAAUCGAAUCUUCUUUGAAAGAAACAAGGGGUUACCUUGACAAAUUCCAUAAUGAAAUCAGCCGAACAUUGGAAAAGAUCAAUAGCAGGGAAAAGUACAUCAACAAUCAGUUGGAGCAUUUGAUUCAAGAAUACCGUUCAGCACAAGCCUUGUUGAGUGAGGCUAAGGAGAAGUACCAGGAGGGAAGCGGAGGAGUAACUGAAAGGAUUAGAGUCCUUUCUGAGAUUACAGAAGUUUUAGAGAAAGUGAAGCAGGAAACAGAAGAGAAGGGAAGCAGUAUGACGGAUGGCACUCCUCUCGUGAGGAUUAAACAGGCCUUAACAAAACUGAAGCAAGAAACCAUUCAGAUGGACAUUCAAAUUGGUGUAAUGGAACACACGUUGCUCCAGUCAAAGCUUAAAGAGAAAUCCAACAUGACUAGAGAUAUGAAUGCAGCAAUGAUACCAGAAUCCACAAUAGGUGCCUACUGAAACUGUUUGGAGCUGACUUGGUUUGCCCAAAAUAAAGUUUUCUACCAUUUGUUUUUUUGGUA